AGUAACGCAACCAUCUGUGCUCUCUAUUAGUGAUAGAACGGAUCGUCCUAACAAUAAGAUGGCUGGGCGUUACAACAUGGAAACUAGCAGCGAGGGGGAGGCAUCUUCACCCAACUUCAGCAAUAGCAGUGACUGGAGCGAGGCUGACGAUUCCAUUUCGAUCUACAGAGAGGAGAUCGAUGAGGUCACGGAGGUCGCUCUCGAUUUGACGACCGACUCGCGGAUGCCUAUCCCGUUUGCUAACCAGCCGCAGACAGCGCCCAACUUGACUUCUGCUUCGGCUGCCUCACUUAGUGCUCAGGGGCCCACCCAGUCCCAGUCCCAGUCCCAUUUCGGAGCUAAUUCCCCCUACAUCCAGUAUCUGGUGGAAAAAUUUUCGAACUACUCCGUGGUAACUAUGUAUCACGUAGAGUUUGAGAUAAACCAAAUUCUCUUCAAAGCUGAUAUGGGAACGUACCAAAACGCCGAAUAAAAAACCUCAUUUUUCCAAACCAAGUCCAAAAAAGGCACCUUGGGAGACACUAGGUAUAAACAUCCCCAUAUAUACUUCGAAGACUCGUAAACAAAGAACCUCGAAUCAAUUUUGUUCAAUUGAAAGAAUAAUUCCGAAAUAAGAUUGUGAUUUCGAACCAAAAAUUAGAGCUACAUUCUGUACAUCACGACCAUU